AUGGAUAUCAGGGAGGAAAAGCGAAAUUUCAGCAUGGCACUUCAGAUUAGCAAUUUCAAGACAGCUUUAAAGGGGUUUGAAAGAUUGGUUGAACGUACGACGGCCCAGAAAAGAGACGAAAGAUUAGGCUUGUUUACCCAAAAAGAAGAUGCAAUUGAUUAUGACAAGUUUUAUGGAGCAGUACAGGAACUUUUUGGUCCAGAAGUGAAGAAUCAAGACGUGAAAUGCUUUUACAGAAAACUUUGUAACAACCCUGAUGCAUCUGUGGACUGGUGUGAGAUCUUUGGAUACUCCUGCUCAGAUGAAGAUAAGCUUGCUUCCCAGAUGGAUGAAGAAAAUUUGGUUUUCCUUGUUUCUAGAAAACAACGAGUUGUAAUUUCAGGUAGUAGAAGACGGGAUGUGAUUAAGUCCAUUGUCAAGAUUCCUCAACUGGAUUUACUAAUAGCAGCAUCUCAAAAAGGACUGAUAACAGUCUUUAAUAGCCAGAUGAAAGUUCAGACCAGCACCAACGUUACAGAUACCUCCUGGAUUACUGGAUGUGACUAUCUCUCACAACUGAAACGUAUUGUUGCCACUACAGAAAGGACCAUUAUUGUCUGGGAUUAUAAAGCUCAAGGGAAUAGCCAGGAAAACUAUUUUAUUAUAAAGCCCAUGGAUCAUUGCCUCCUCUGUGUUUGUGUUGUGCCCCUGCCAGACCAGCUAUGCCGAGAUGACAUCCUCUUGGGAGAUGAUGGUGGCUUUGUGAACAGAUUCACAGUAAAUAGUGAUGACUUUGGACUAAAGCAGGCAAAAACCAAAAAAAAAUUACAAAAUCAGGUCUUAGACUCAAAGAACUUUAAAAAUGUUAAAAGGAAGCUACAUAAUGACUGGGUUAUGAAAAUUAGAUAUCUCCCAGCUCUAAAUUGCUUUGGAUCUUGCUCCUUAGAUAGUGUUCAUUCAUUAGUUUUGGAUUCCUUGAAGAGACUUGAGGAUAAUUUGCCUGUCAGAGAAUUUUCCAUGCCAAGAGGAGCAAACACUUUUUGUUACUGUAUAAAAGCAAAUGUGAUUGUUACUGGAGGAGAUGAUAAAGUGCUCCGGUUGUGGCAUCCCAAUAUAAGCACCAAGCCAGUGGGGAAACUUGUGGGACACAUGUUCAGUAUCACUGAGAUUGUAACAAAUGAAAAAGAUCAGCAUGUCAUUAGCCUAUCCUCUGCCAAGGUGUUCAGAGUGUGGGAUAUACAGACUCUUUCACUAAUACAAGUUUUCCAUGACAGCCAGGGGGGACCAGGGGACAUGCAGAUUUAUUCUAUGGUGUAUGAUUCCAAUCAUGGCAUGCUGAUUACAGGAUCUAGUGUUAUAGACUUGUAUCCUUUGACUCGAAUGAUUCAAGAUACAAAACAGAUUCCUCACACUCAUGAACGAGAAAUCAAUGUCAUGCUUUACAAUAAAACUUUUCGCCAAGUACUCACUAUCUGCUCAGAAUCUGUAAUUAAGGUAUGGGAACUAGAGACUGGUCUCCAGAUGUACCAGAUUUUAGACCCCCAUGGCUUCAAUGUUGAACUGACUGCUGCAUCUGUCGAUGAAAGUGGAUUUAUCUUUGCCACAGGAGCAUAUAAUGGAACAGUUAAAAUCUGGGACUUUGGCAGUGGGCAAGAGCUGAAAGUGUUGCCUGAAGGAAAAGACUGGAAAGAAGAAGAGCACUGGCUACAAGAAAUGGUUUUCCUAAAAUCUCAGGAAAAACACCAGUACUUGAUCCUUGCCUUGGAGCGCAAUGGGAAGAUCAAAAUGAUCCAGGGUAAGGAAGAUGAUAUUUGCCUUAUGGUGAUAUGGGAGCUACCUGAUGUUAUGCCUUUCCUACAAGAUGGGAAUCAUGUUAUACACCUGAGGACAUCUACUAGACCAAAGAGCACAAAUAUUCCUCUCCCAGAUGUUGAAUUGAUACUUGAGAAAAAAUUAUCUCGAUAUAAUCCUGCUAUCAGUGUAGAAGUGAACUGCAUUGAUUUAUUACAAUUGGAAGGGUAUAAUUUGAUAGCUGCUGGAACCUUAAAUGGUGUGAUCAUCUUAUGGAAUUUUGUAGCAUCUACUGUCACAGAAGUGUACCGACCUGAAGAUUGCUUCACUGUAGACCCUGACUUGGAUCCCAAACGUUUUAGAAUUAAUGACAUAUUAUUCCUCUUUCGUACCCCUGAAUGUGCAAGGAGAUCAAGUCAGGAUUCCGUAUGUUCUUCCUCCCAGUGUGAUUCUAGUAGGGGUCCACAGAGUAGCAAGGGAAGCAAACAAAGCAUACAUGAUACUGAAGUUAAAGGUGAGAGCACAGAUGGCACGGCGGGAGAGCAUCAGCUAGUGGACAAAAAACAAUCUAGAGGCUCCAGUUUAGCAGAAGCCCAACCACCUAUCCUUGUCACUGCACAUGAGGAUGGACACCUUCGAUUGUGGACUCUGGAGGGAAGACUACUGAAGGAUAUGCUACCUUUCACAAAACAUUCUGCCAUUUCUCUGACAUCACUGUUUACUGAUUCAUGUACGAGGAUACUAUUAGCUGGAAAUGUGGAAGGACACAUCAUCCUUUGCAGUAUUGGUUCUUUCCUGGAUCCACCUCAUGAUGAAAAGAAAUUCAAGCAGCUGCUUUCCUGGCGUGCUCAUGCUUUAGAAAUUGUUCAAGUAGUCUAUGUAGAAGAGAAACAAGUGGUGCUUACAGCCUCCAUCGAUGGCUCAGUAAGGCUCUGGCAAGCCCUCAAUGGUCAUUACUGUGGAUAUUUUGGACAACGAAGGAUCUUUGAAUUAUCACAUGCAAUUGAUUUCAUUUUACCUUGUGAUGUUAAUGAAUGUCCCAUAGAAAUAAAAGAAGAAAGUAAGUUCACAGAGAAGAAGCAAAAAUAUGAAUAUCCUCUGAUAUUUGACCAGAAAAGAUGGAGAAAAAUGAGCUCAAUGUCUUUGCUUUUCAAACGUACACCUCCCAAGGAAUUUGAAGUGGAUCAAGAUUUUAAGUUUUUCAAGUCUCUUUCCUCACCCAAGAUUCGAAGAUAUGCUUUGGAAGGUUUCAUGACUGAAAACAGAGAAGCAGGCAUUGUAUUUGGUUCUCUACCUAUAUAUAGGGUACCAAGCCCCACUACUCUAAGAUUCCUACCACUCAUUGGUUCAGAAGCACAAAGGGACUCUUUAGAUAUCCUUCCAGGAAAGAAGAAGGGAGAUAAGGGGAGGAGGAGAAGUUUGAAAAGAAAUUUAGUCCCACAAAUAAAUCUAGCUUCUUCCUUCUUCCCAUCUGUUUCCAAGUAA